ACUUCAGUUGUUAUCCAGACUCAAGAGUCUUAACUUCAUCUCUUCAGCUAACCUUUUUUGCUUCAACUUGAAUACAACUAAUAACAUAACAAAUUGUUGUUGUUAAUUUAAAUUGUUCAACUUAAUUGUAGCCAAAAUGUGAUCACAAUUUAAUCCAAGUUUUUUUUUCUUCCUUAAUUUAUUCUUAAUCAUCUUUUUCAUCUAAUCACAUGUAAAAUUAAAAAUCUUUAUCAAGUUGAUGACAUUUAAGUUGCCUUUUCAUUCAUCAGUCAUUCACAUUUAUCCUCAUCAUCUCUUCCUUAUCCCAAUCAUCAUCAUCUUACAAUCUUCUUCAUCUUCCUAAUCCACCCCCAUUUCCUAAUCAUCUUCACUUUGCCAAGAAAAUAUCAUCAUUAUGAUUAUUGUAAAGCUCAUCAAAAUUAAUCGGUAACAAUUAACAGCAACAAUUUAAGUUACGAACCCAAAAAAAAUUCAGUGAUCCCUUAGUCGUUUAAGUUUGUUGAUCCAAUCGGAAUAUGUUUUUAAUUACAAUUAGUUAACUGUGAUCAUAAUUAUCAGUGUGUCCACAUAAUCUUCCUCUAGUGUCAUCCAACAAUCAACAAUUAAUAUAAAUUGUUGUGUAUUAGUCUCUCUCUCUGAUUGUUGAUUUUGUUUGUAUCUUUUUCUUAAUUUUUUGCUUUUCGGCCAAAUUUCAAUCAACAAUCACCUAAAUCAUUUAUACUUAAUUGUCACCUCAAAAUUGUGCUUCAUUAAUUGUUACUAAUACAGUUAAUCAGGAGGAGAAAAAAACUCCAUCCACUGAAUGGAAUCAACAAUCUCAACCAAGAAUCAACAGCAAUUAAAACCAUCAGCAAGCAAGAAACAAUUAAUAUCAAAAUCAUCACCAGUUAAUUUAUUAAAUUGUGUCUUUAAAUUAACCAAUGAAGCCAACAUGUUUGCCAAACUAUUGUCACCUAAAUCAUCAAAACUAUCAAGAAGUGGCCUCACCCGACGCAAUAAUAGUAAUAAGCGAAAAGAGGAUGAAAAUGACCUCGAAAAUGUCACCCAAUGUCGUCCAAAUGAAAUCGAUGUUGGUUUCAACACAACGGAAACAGUUUCGGUCAAGCUGACAAAUGAAUCAAGUCCACAAGAAACUGUUAAAAACAAUAAUAACAAUUUGAUCAAUAUAAACAAUCAACGUAAUCAACAUCAUCUUCAUGCUGAUUUAUCAUCAUUGUCAUCAUCAUCUUGCCCAUCACCUCAAUCAUCUUGUACUGAUAAAAGGAGGAGACGAGGAGUAGUAGGAGGAGGAAAUGAUAAUCAAAGUCAACCUGAUCAACUAAUUACUGGUGAUAAUUUGCUGUUACCUUCAACUCAUCAUGAUAAUAAUGCAAAUCAAUCAACUAAUUGUGCUCAAGUUAAUGAGCAUCAACAGAAACCAAUUGACGAUCAACAUGAUAACCUUAAUUCAAAUACAAUGACGAUUGAUUCAGAUAAUCACUUAUCAACAUCAUCACUAGUCAAUGAGGCUUAUCGAAAUGAAUGUAUUCAAUUGCGUCAACGAGUUCGAGAAUUGGAGCAACAGAAUCGAUUGUUAACUCUUCUUUUAGCGGAACAAUUAGUAAAUUCAUCAACUAAUUCAGUUGAUAAUCGAAGUAAAUUGGACAAAUUAAUGGCAAUAAAUAGCUUGACAAAUAAUUUACCACAAUUAAUCAGUGAAUAUGAAUCAACCUUAUUGGAUAAUAAUAGUAAUCAUGAUGAAGUAUCAAUCAUGAAUUCAUCUCCACCAGGUCAAGGUCAUUUAAUGAAUGAAUCUAAAGGAAUCACAUUAACUUGUGAGUCGGAUUAUUGUGGAUCAAUGGGAAAUAAUCAUCCUGAUCAUCAUUAUCAUCAUCAUAUAUUCAAUAACAACAACAAUCACCAUGAUGAUGGUGAUGAAACUGAACGUUCAGAUAGAUUGGUGAGCAUGAGUAAAGAUAACUCAAUGCUUGGUUUUAACCUUACCCAUGUAAAUAUUGAUCGAUGGAGGAAGAUAGAAGAAGAUAAAUCGAAAACAAAAACAACAACAACAACACAAUUAACAUCACAACCUAAUUUACCAAUAACCAACCAGUUAACCAGUCAUUCAAUUUUACCUUUAACACCAAUAAGUGAAACAAUUAACACAAUUAAUUUAGAACCGUUAUCGUCGAGUUCACUUUCCUCUGUUUCUUACCUUGAUCAUCAGAAAAAGUCAUCGUACAUCAACAACCUGAUUGAAAACAAUUCAACACUUUUCACCUCCACCUUAUCCUCCUCUCCCACCACCUCCACCUUGACUACCACCACCACCAUAACCUCAUUGCCCUCUUCAUCUGACCCCUUUACCACCACCACCAUAACCCCCACCUUAACAUGUACACCAGGUAGCACAGUCUCAACUUCAACACUUACAGCCUUGAACUCAACUCUGAUUGGGUCACCUUCAUCAUCUCUAUCAUUAUCACCACCACAAUCACCUAAGAAAUUAAUUACAUCGUCAAUCCUUGAUCCAAAUUCUAGUCUAUUUCAAUCAAGUAACACUGUUAAUUGUUCACCAUCAUUAUCAUCUUCAAAUCAAUUAGAGAAACGGAUUCUUUUUAUAUUAUCCUCGAAUAAUAAUAAUAAUCAUAACCAUAAAUAUUUCAAUUCCACCUUAUCCUCCUCAUUAUCAUCAUCUUCAUCUUCAUCAUCAUCCUCAUCAACUUCUUCUUCAGUUUCAACUGAUAAGAUUAACUGUGAUAAUCGUUUAAUCAACAAACCAGGUAAUUUAGCCCUUAGGACAUUAUCGGGUUCAUCAAGUAAAUCAAUUGUUUCCCUUGAGAAAGAUAGUCCAGCUUCAAGUGCAACCUCAUUUGACUCAAAUGGUGAACUUACCUCAAAAGAUGAAGGCUAUUCAACAAUGUCCAGUGAUGUCCAGUCUGAUAUUGGAAACAAUAACAAUGGUUCAAUUGUUACAAUCAAUACUACAGCCAACUCUCAAUCAACAACGAUACCAAGCAAAAAUGAAUCAACAAUCAAUUCAAUUUUGGACGAUAAAGAAUCAGUAACAUCAUCAACAACAACAACAACCAAUGAGGAUAAUAAAACUAACCGAUCAUUUCUAAUACUGACCUCAUCACCACCACCAUCACAUUUAACACCCUCACGAACCAUUAAACCUCCUCCUCCACCACCAUCAGGUUCAGCAGCGGGUUCAUCAUUGUCAACUCUUCUUCACCUGAAACAACAACAACAAUUAAAAGUUGAAACAAUUGAGAUUAAAUCGGAACCAAAGAAAAUGGGAGUUAACGGAUCACCAACAAAUUCAAUUCCAUUAACAUUCAUGUCAACAGUUAAUCCAAUUGUUGUUGGUUCAAGUCGAUUAACAACUUUUAAAUCAUCUCAUCAAAAUGAUUGUUUGGUUACAUCAUCACCAUUAACAACAAUCAACAAUAAUCGUAAAAACAAUAAGAUGGAAUUAGUUUGUGAGAAAGAUUCUGAUUUACUGAUUGCAGAUACAAUUAAACUUAAUUGUAACAAUAAUAUAACAACAACGACAGGUAUUAAAAAUCCUUCCCAAUCAACAGUAACAACAAUUAAAGGUGAUGCUGAUGAUAAAUCAUCAAAUUGGUUGCAUAGUAUCAACAAUGAUAACAAGGAAAGAGAGGAAAAUGAUUCUCAAUCAGUUAAUUAUUGUAAAAAUCAAAUUGUUAACUGUGAUUUCAUUAGAAAGUCAAGAAAAAGUUUUAAUGGUAAAUUAUCAGCUCAUCGAUACACUUUCCCUCCGGUGGUAACUCGACCUGUAGCCAAUACCUUGGACGAUAUUGAGUGGACACCUUGUCUUAUUUAUCAGCCAUCAAAACCACCAACUGACCAUCAGGGUGACAAUUUAAUUACUGAUAAAAAUGACCGUUUCUCUAAUUGUGAAUCAAGUUUAAUUACUACAGCUGAGAAAUCAACUUCCGCUGAUUUUGAUGAUGAUGAAUCAAGAUGUCUAGUUAAUAAUCGUGAGGUAAUCAUUUAUCAAGAUAAAAGGAAGAGAAGUGGAAAAAAUCAUCAUCAUCAUCACAUGGGAAAAGUUGAAGAUGAUGUUAAUCUUGAUGGGAAAACUAAUCAACUGAAUCAAGUUAAAUGCGAUUCUGUUGAUUGGAGGAGUAAAAUUGGAAGACGGAAAAGUGCCAUUUCCAAAGGAUCAGAUUGUGGUUCAUUGAUGAUGAAAACAGUUAAAGAUACUACAGCUGAUGAUGAAGAUGAAUAUGAUGAUAGUGAUGAUGGUGAUGAGGAAGAAGAUGAAGAUGAAGGAAAGAGGGAAAAAAUGAAAAGAAAUCAUAAAAUUGACCAAAAGAGGAAGAUGAAAGUUUAUCAUAAGUUUCCACCGGCACCAGAGUCAAGUUCAUCUUCCCAUGGAUCUCAAUCGUUAAAUCGUUGGCAUUCCGAUUCUCAGUUAUAUUCUGAUUCCAUGAAACAAGAUAAACCACCGGUGGAAAUGAGACAAGUAGAUGUUAAUUGUCGAUCAAAUUGUCGCUUUCCCCGUCGUCAUCGUGAUAUAACCAAUGUUUCUCAUCCUUGUCAAUCUUUCGCAUCGACUUGUAAACGAUCAUCUGGUUAUAUUAGACGUCGCAUUAAAAGGGAGGAUCGAGCGCGAAUUGAUGAGUCCCAUCGAUGGUCAACACUUUCUACUUCUAGUUCUGCUCUAUCUGAUGGCCUGGAAGCGCCAAUCUACUGUGAACGUCGUCGAUAUCGACCUCGACUUCCAAUGAAAUACAUUUCAUCUGAUGAAAAUCACUCGGCGGAUGAUGAAGAUAGUGCUGAGCGUUUUGUCUCCCGUUGGCUUCAUAAAAGCGGAGGUGGACUUCGUUGGGACGAUUCUGAGGUUACCUGGAAAUUGAAUGAAUCUCUUGAUUGGCCUGAGCCAAUUGAAUUAGAAAAUGAUAAUUGUCUUUCUUCAACCUCAUCACCGCCAUCAAUAUCAACAUCAGCAGAUAAGCAACAAGAGGGCGAUGGUGAUGAUGAUGAUGAUGACAAUCAAAUUAUCACACAUUUAAAUAAUGAUGAUACGUUUGAAGAGAUACCAUUGAUUGAUGAUGAUUCAAGUGAAUCAGAAAAAAUAGAAAUCACUUCAACAAUUAACAUUAAUAAUCUUAACGAUAGAAAUAGUUACAGUGUCUUAAUCUCACCCUGUGUUGAUGAAGUGGGUGAGGUAGAUGUGAGUCACGAAGGAGGUGGGGAGGGUUACAUAUCCUCCGAUCAAGCUUCGUCCGUACCCGAUGAUGGCCUAACACCGGAGACUCAUUUCAAUGGUGACUUUUACCGACUCUGUUCAGUUGGAUCUCGAACAAGUUUACAACAACCUGAUGAUGAAAUUAGUCUUCCACCCUCAUCAUCUGGAGCCUUAUCAUCACUUUCAUCAUCUUCAUCACCUCCAUUGACAGAUGUCAAAGAGCAGGAUGAAGAUGAGGAAGAUAAUCAAGAUGAUGCUGUUAAUUAUGUUGAUAAUGAGACUAAAAUUGUCUUAAAACAAUUAACCAAUUCUAAUGAUGAUGAAUUGUUGAUAAUAACAACGACAACCUCAACCAAUAAUAGUAAUAAUUACAACCAUCAGAUACAAUCUUCUAAAUCAUUUGAUUAUAAUCAUGAUGGAACAUCAUUAAUUAACUCACAAUCAACUAGUUCAUCGGGUCAAUUGUCAACGGUGGUGAAAAAUGUUCACUCAGAUGAAAAUUUAACUUGUACACCCGAUGAAUUACAAUCAACUGAUUCUGUAAAUGAAAUGUCAAUUUCUCCAAUGAUUAUGAUGAUUAAUUCAUUAAAAUCAAUCCAGUGUCUUUCAUCAUCAUCUCCUGAUAAAUCAGUAAAAUCUGAACUAAUUGAUAAAAAUACACCAACGUCAACAAUUAACACGGGUUUAAUUAAAGAAAGUCAAUCACCAACUGAUUUAAAGGAAAUACCUGAAGAGAAACAAUUAAAUAAAGCAACUAUUGAACAAUCAGUUUACCUUAAUGAUGAACAUGAAGUAAUUAAGGAUAAUUGUCCAAUCUACGAGGAAAUCAUUGAAUCUACAACAAUUAAACCUUCAACAACAACAAUUAAUUGUUAUCCUAAACCAAUCUUGAUUAAAUCAUCAUCAACUAAUCAGACAAAAUUAUCACCAACAAGGAUACCAUUACCUAAACAAAGUAAUUCAUUAGAUGCAAUUAAAAUUAACAACAAUAAGGAUGGAUUUAAAUUACGUUUUAAUUCAACAACAGCAACAACAAUUGAUUCAAUUACCAAUAAUAAUGUUAACAAUUUAAUAAGCAAAUCAUUUAUCAAUCAACAUCAAGUUAAAAGGUUAAACAAUAAUAAGAUGAUUAACUCUGAAGGAUUAAAAGCAACUACAUCAAGCUCAUCGUCGUUAAUCAAUAAAAAAGUUGGAACUGAAUUAAAAAGUUUCAAUAAGAUGAUGAUGGAGAUUAAAGCUCGGAUGGAAAAGAAUAACAAUCAAAUUAAUCAUAAUCGACUUUUUAAUCGUAAAUUAAAUGAAUCAAUUCCAAGUAUUGAAGAGUUUGAAAGGAGAUUAUCUGAAGAUAAACAAAUGGCUGAUAAAAUCCGCGAAUUUUAUUCAAUUUUUGAACAAUCAACAUCACAAUUAAACAGUAAAACCAAUUUAACUACAAUUCCAUCAUCAACAACAAUCAAUUCAAUUACAUCGACAAUACCAACACCAAUUAAAGGAGUUAAAAGUAACCGAUCUCGAUCAACCAUUUCUGGUGAUUUAAUUAGAGGAAACAACAACAACAAAUUAACAAACAACAUUGAAGAUAUUAAAUCAAAGUUAAAUUAUCCUAAAUUGUUACGUUCCAAGGGCAUCGGAGGAAUGGGAAACAAUUCAAUCGGCUGUGGCGGAAGUGGACCAGGUAUUGGCGGUAAUAAUAAUCCCACCGGUGGUAAUGAUUCAAGUAAAACAAUGAAGGAAGGUCAUGAAACCUCAUGGGUCCAUGUAAGCGGAUUCAAUGUUGGAAAAGUUUCUGAAACUUAUCAUGAAAAACACCAACAAUUACCACCACCACUAUCAACAUCAACAUCUCCCUCGCCAUUAUCAUCUGCUGUAAUUACCUCAACAAGCGUUAAUUGUAAUAAUCGUAAUUUACUUAAUUGUAGUAGUAAAUUAAGUUCAGAUUCUGGUUCAUCUGAGGAUGAAUUCAACCUUAGUAACAUUAAGAGUAACGGUGGUAAGAAAAGAUCCUCUUUCCACCAGCGUCUUCUUGCCCUUCACAAAUCUCGAAGACAGAAAAAAAGAGCUUCUGAUUGUUACAUGGGAAUGGGAUUUCUGCCUAAAAUUAGAGCCUCAAUUGUUGAUAGACUUGAUUUUUAUCAUCGAUUUGGGGACAAGGAACAAGAAGCCUUAACAUCAUUCAAUUUUCUCAAUGAUCUUCCAAUAUCAUCAUCAUCAUCAUCUUCUUCAUCUUUAUCAUCAUCAACCACCACCCACUCAAUUAAUAAAUCAUCAACUUCCACUUGCUUGAUUCUAUCAACUGAUUGUAAUUUUGUCCAAGAACAAAAAUUGUUACUUCGCUGUUACCUUAAUUCAUUUCAACCAUUAACUACUUCGUCAUCCUCAUCAUCUGAUUUAUCAUCAUCUUACACACAACCACCACCUCCAUUGGUAUCUCACCCACCACCUUCAUCAUCUUCAUCAUCAUCAUUUAAAUUAUCACCUUACAAAUGGCCUCAAUCACCAAUUAAAUCAACAUCAUCUUCACCUCGAUAUCAACAAUCAGUUGCAAACAAUUAUAUUCUUAAUCAUGAAUUAACCAAACGACCUGUUGGAGGAGUUAGUUAAUUGUUCAACCAUGAGAAAGAUUAAUUAUCAAAUUAUCAAUGAUCAGUAAUUAUUUAAUUAGAAUAAUAAAAAACAAAACUAAAUCUUUUCAAGAGAAAACAAUUAAUUUUCAAUUUGGUUAAUAACUAAUUUUCAUCGUCAUCAUCAUCUAAUUAUCACCAAUGAUUAUUACUAUUAAAUUGAUUUAUUAUCAUUA